UACGCUCCAAAACGCACUCCGCUACGUCUUGUUUGAGCGGAGGAAAAUCGUCCAGUCUUCACAUGUUGUUACCUUGUUAUCUGUGUUGGAAAACUUUGUCUAAUGAAAGCAGGUGUCUGUUUAAGGUGGGGGGAGUUGCCAUCCGAAACCGUUCGGCUCUGUCUGCGUGAAAUAGGGAAUGAACGACGAGACAGCAUCGGACAGCUGGAAGAGAAACUCCGGGUGCUCCAGAUAUAAUGGUUGGGUCCAGAGACACAGACACAUUCAGUAUUGAGCAAAUGCUGGCUGUGAAUCCCGGAAAGACGCCCAUCAGUCUGCUGCAGGAGUAUGGAACGCGGAUAGGCAAGACCCCAGUGUAUGACCUGCUGAAGGCCGAGGGACAGGCCCACCAGCCCAACUUUACAUUCCGUGUCUCCGUCGGAGAGAUCAACUGCACCGGCCAAGGGCCGAGCAAGAAGGCAGCCAAGCACAAAGCAGCUGAGGCUGCUCUGAAGAUGCUCAAAGGAGGCCUUGGAGGUCCUGCUGGACUUGGUGUUGGAGUAGACGGAUUCAUUGGUGUUGAUGUGCCUGCUGAUGGAGACAGUUCCCAGCCAGACAUGAAGACCUUGAGUAGUUCUCAGCAGUCUGAAUGUAACCCUGUAGGAGCUCUGCAGGAAUUGGUAGUGCAGAAAGGAUGGCGUUUGCCAGAGUACACUGUGACCCAAGAAUCUGGACCGGCGCACCGCAAGGAGUUCACCAUGACGUGCAGAGUAGAGAGAUUUGUGGAAAUUGGAAGUGGUACUUCAAAGAAGCUAGCUAAGAGAAAUGCAGCAGCUAAGAUGUUAUCACGCAUUCAUGAUGUCCCAGUCGACCUGAGGACGAGCAACGAUGCUGACACAGAAGAUGACACGUUCACCAUGCACAUGGGGAGUAGAGCAGAGUCAGGUAAAAGUAAAGGCUUCAGCUGCACAUGGGACUCUCUACGCAACUCGGCUGGAGAGAAGAUCCUCCAGCUCCGCAGCCAUCCCCUGGGCAUACCAUCUGACUCCAACUUCUGCUCUUUACUGACUGAUCUGUCUGUUGAACAGCGUUUUGACGUCAGUUACUUGGAUCUAGAAGAACGCAGUCUGAGUGGCCUCUGUCAGUGUCUGGUGGAGUUAUCUACGCAGCCAAUCACGGUAUGCCACGGCUUUGCUCCAAGCAUCGAUGCAGCUCGUGCCAAUGCAGCCCACAAUGCACUUCAGUACCUCAAAAUCAUGGCUGGAGGGAAGUGAUAGGACUUGUCAUUUUCCUUCACAGAGACCAGCACACAGUGCCAUGAAAAAAAAUUGCACGGACUACAGAGGCACUUAUCUUUAUUGGCGAAAUGGCCGUAACAAUUUGUGAUGAAUUCUAAUAACCUGAAUUACCUCAGAUUUGACAAUGGUGACUUCUGUUCAUAAAUUCAACCCUGGAGUCCCUUUUUUAUUUAUGCUGAUUUGUAAUUGUUGCCAAUGAUGUUUUUAGUUGCCCAAAACCUCAUGCAUCUUUUACUCGUUGCAUAUUAAUCAAUAUUCUAUUAAAAUGCACUAGUUACUUUGCAUUUUAUUUUGUCGUGUGUGCAGCUCCAUAUCCUUCCGCCAGACCCUGAUGCAACAUAAAGGUGCAAAUUUAAAGAGGUUUUU